AUGCCUCUCUACGCUUCCAAAGCAGCUUUCGUCGCUUCGGACAUGAAGACAUGUCCCAUGCCGCCCUCCGACCCCUCCUGUCCUAUCUGUCGCGAGGAUCUCCAGCCUCAGGAGUCAGAAGCCUUAUCCGCGAGCCCUUCAAGUGAAGUCGCACAGAACGGUAACCCCAUUACGAACGGUUCCGCCCAUGACCAUGGCACCACCGCCGUCAACAGCGCACCCGCUGAACCGAACGAAGAUCACUCCCCCGUCAAGGUCACCUGCUGCAACAACAUCUUCGGCCGCAACUGUCUAGAGAGCUGGCUCACCAGGGGAAACAGCUGUCCAUUCUGCCGCGCCGAGUUUUUCCCAUCGCACACUGUACCAACCGGAAUGACAUUCGAAUGGUUUGCUCGACUCAUUGAGAGAGCAGAAGCUCGAACCGAUGCGGGGUUGGAGGCAGCGAGAGCUCGAUACACAGAGGGCAUGCAGGCGGCGCAUGUUCGAUACACAGAGAGCAUGGUGGCUCGAUACACAGAGAGCAUGGAGGCUGCGGCAAGUGGCAUUACAGUCCUACGUAGAAGGGACCUGCGUACGCUUGAGGCUCUGCAGCAGGCGAGUCCGGAUGUGGAAUUGGCGGACCAGGAUGACGCUGAGGAUGAGUCUGAGUUGUCCUCUGAGACCGAGUCGGAUGAUGAGUUUGAUUUAAUUCCCGAGCUAGAGUCCUUGGAUGAAAGCGAAGGGUACCACUCGGAGUCAGGGUCUGUUCUGAGCGAAGACGAGGAUGAAGAUGAGGAUAGCGGUGAUGAGGAUGAAGGGGGCGGUGGACCCCCGGAAGGACCUGGAUCUGGAGGCGCAGUUUGUGUUGGGUGCGCUCAUACAGGUGCUUCAGUGCGAGCCUAG